GAUCCGAUUAGAUCGCGGGUUUUUCUUUUGCCGUCCACAUCCGCCUCUACCUUGUGGCUUAGCCUGCUACUUUUGGUUAUGCGGGACCAAUCAGGAUCUCCUAGUGACAUGGCUAUGUUGCGUGCGAGCUAUUGAUCUCUCUUUGUAUAUAUAUCAAAAAUAUAGCUUCCUCAAACAUUUCAAUUUCUGUAUAUCUGGGGAUUGGAUUUCAAGAGGUGUGCGGUCUUUACUCAUGUAUUCUGGUCUCAGAGCAUCCCUGAGACUCAACACCCGUCCGGCUUUACCAAGACCACGCCACAGAUAUUCUCUUACAACCAUGGGAUAUACCGCUGGAAGCGAGAAAACAUAUCGAUCUCUCGCAAUAUCAGAAAAGGACGAUGACCGCGAUAUCCGUCAGAAAUAUCGUCCGUUCAUCCUCGAAGAGGACAGCGGAGCCGAGGGUUGUUGGGUUAACGACCUAGAAUUAACCACCGUGCUGGACAUGGCGGAGAAAGAUCUGCGGAAUACGAAUCAGAGACUGAAAGUCCUCGUGUUAUAUGGAAGUCUUCGCAAGAGAUCAUAUUCGCGUCUUGUUGCGUAUGAAGCUUCGCGGAUACUAUUCCGGCUAGGUUGUGAUGUGCGCGUUUUCGAUCCGGAAGGGUUGCCAGUGAAGAAUGAUAGAGAGCAUAAUCAUCCUAAGGUGCAAGAGCUCAGGGAGUUGAGUGUAUGGAGUGAUGGACAUGUUUGGGUUUCUCCUGAACAGCAUGGUAACUUGACCGCGGUAUUCAAGAACCAAAUCGACUGGAUUCCACUCAGUACCGGCAGUGUUCGCCCAACGCAGGGCAGGACCCUUGCAAUCGCGCAAGUGUGCGGCGGAUCGCAAUCAUUCAAUGCGGUCAACUCAUUACGUAUCCUCGGGAGGUGGAUGAGGAUGUUUACCAUCCCGAACCAGUCUUCAAUUCCGAAGGCAUACACACAUUUCCCCGAUGAAGGACAACCUGGUGAUCAACGGCUUAUGCCUAGCGGAAACAGGGAUCGACUGGUGGAUUGCAUGGAGGAAUUUGUCAAAUAUACGAUUUUGAUGAGGCCGCAUCUAGAUCUUUUUGCGGAUCGAUAUAGUGAACGAGAGGAGAGGAGGAUUAAAGAGAAGAAGGCGGCGAAUGGGGCUACUUCAUCAACUAACUAGAAAACAUACAACUACUGGAUGACGGUCGCUUUCAUGAAGCGAUAGCAACAUUUCCCGCAAGAUGCCGCAUUAUUCUGUCGAUUC